UUAUUUUAAGGCCUUUUGUUCUUGUGGAGUCAGUUGGUUGUUUUCCUUCGCACGUUGAGUUAGCGGUACUAUAGUUUGCCUUAUUUCUUGUUGUGUUUCUUCACUGAUUCCCGAAGUUUUGAGUGAUGACUCCAGUGCUGCGAAGAAUUCCAGCUUUGAGGCGUCGCUUGUAUUGUAGUUUAAUCCUUUUUGGAGUAGGUGCUCUUCCGUAUUUGUUAAUGGUUGUUUUGACAAAUUUAUCACGCAGUUGUUUGUGUUUUCUUCCAUGGGUGGUUUUGAGAUCUUGAUCAGUUUUUUCUUUAAGGCGU